CAAUGCGCUAGCUCGCUCAAACCAGCAGCAGUUGCAACCAGUCUAUGGUGUAGCAUUAAUUAGCAGUAACCUCCCAAAUCAUCGUUUCAGUAGUUAAAAUUUGCAUACAUUAAUUAUUCAGACACACAGAACAGACCUAGCUCUCCCUAGAGAUGCAUGCAUGCGUUAAUUAGCAACGUGUCGCUUGUUCUCCUCGCGUCAUUUUCUAUAAAUACCCGGGAUGGAGUCAGCAUCAUCAAAUAACACUCCAUCCAUUCAUCGUCGUUCACGUACGCACAGAAUACACAGCUUAAUUUGAGUAGCUCACACCGCGCGCCGAUCCAGACGUGGCAAUGGCGGCGACCUCGUCAGCCGCCUUAGUGACCAUGGUGGUGGUGAUCGCUGCAGCUGCGAUCAGCACGGCUUCCGGCACGGCACUACUGCAGUACAACUUCUACGGCUCGUCGUGCCCAAAAGCCGAGGAGGCGGUCCGCAACGCCACUCAGAAGAUCAUCUCCGACGACCCCACCAUGGGCGCCGCCUUCGUGCGCCUCUUCUUCCAUGACUGCUUCGUCAGGGGCUGCGACGCUUCCAUCCUGCUCGACCAGUCCAACAGCAACCCGCAGCCGGAGAAGCUAGCCAUCCCGCUACGCGGCUACGCGCAAGUGAACACGAUCAAGGCGGCCGUGGAGGCCGUCUGCCCCGGCGUCGUCUCCUGCGCCGACAUCCUCGCCUACGCGGCGCGCGACUCCGCGGCCGCCUCCGGCGGCUUCGCCUUCGCCAUGCCGGGCGGCCGGCGCGACGGGUCCGUGUCCAACCUCAACGACAUUCCCGGGAACCUCCCUGCCCCGAACAUGCAGGUCCAGGACCUCAUCGCCAGCUUCGGCAGCAAGGGCCUCAGCGCCGCCGACCUGGUGGCGCUCUCCGGCGCGCACUCCUUCGGCCAGACGCACUGCUCCUUCGUCACGCCCCGGCUGUACCCCGCCGUGGACGCGACCAUGAACGCCACCUUCGCCGCGGCGCUCAAGGCGGUGUGCCCGCCGCCUUCGCAAGGCGGGGGCGGCACCGUGCUCAACAACAACCGUGUGACGGACCCCAACAAGCUGAGCAACCAGUAUUACACCAACUUGGCCACCGGGCAGGUCAUGUUCACGUCGGACCAGACGCUGACCAGUAGCAACACCACCAACAAGAUGGUGCAGGACAACGCUGCCGAUCCGAUCGCGUGGAUGGCACGGUUCGCGGGGGCCAUGCUGAAGAUGGGAGGCAUCCAGGUGCUCACCGGCACCCAGGGUGAGAUUAGAAGAGUCUGCGGCGCCACCAACGGCGGCAACUAAAAACUCGCAAAUAAGCAAGAUCCACCACUAUCACCUGUUUCCACCACUGUUAUUCUUGCAUUGCAUAGAUGAGUUUUGAUCCCUUUUGGCUUCAUUAAUUCUAAGCUCUUGUUGCUUCACAAGAUGUGGUGCAUAGAUUUUAAUCUGUUUCUAGUGUACCUCUAUUUUGUAUAGGAUGUGUUUGGUUGCCUAGACCAGACUGAGCCUGGCUCAGGGAGAGGAUCAGGCUCAAAGAAACCCGCAUGUACAGAGCCAAUCCAAAAUAUUUGUUUGUCUGGACAAAAUCAACCAGGCCCAUAUGACACAUUGUUUGAUUCUCAA